UGAACGCCCUGCUGUUUCUUUGACAUGUGGACAACAUGUCCUCUGUCAGGACUGUUUUGAUGGGAUGGUUCGUGCUAGCCGUCCUGCUGAAUGCUGUGCUGGCGCAGCUCUCCUUCGGUAUCCUUGUGAACAUCCACGUCAUCCUGGGAUGGUUCGUGCUAGCCGUCCUGCUGAAUGCUGUGCUGGCGCAGCUCUCCUUGGUCCCAGUUGGGGAGGAGCACGAAGAGCGGGAGGUGGAAGACAAAGAGGUAGAAGAGAAUAACCAGGUAGAAGAAGAAGAAGAAGAAGAAGAAGAAGAAGAAGAAAGAGGAGAAAAGGGAAGAGUAGAAGAGAAUAACAAGGUAGAAGAAGAAGAAGAAAAAGAAGAAAGAGGAGAAAAGGGAAGAGUAAGUGUCAACUACGUGACAUCCCGAUUCCCCAACGUGGCGGAUCUUGUGUCAGGAGUUCACACGUCUUCCGGUUCUUCUUCGGCAGAGGCCAGGAAUGGGGCAUCGUCAUCAAGUGGCAUCCUUCCGGCUCCGAAUGCCAUCGUUCCGUAUCGACCUCCUCAGAGUCAGGACAACCGAGGCAGUGGCUUUGGUAAUUGUGGCCAUGGGUACGAUAAUCGGGCUGGUGGUUACUACAACCGUAACAACUACUGGCAAAACGGCUCAUAUUUGCCAGAUCAUGAGCGUGAGUACAAUCUGCUGUCAAAGCUGACCGAGGAGAAGGCACGGCUCAAGAAGGAAAGGGAGAUGCAAGAGAAGAUGGAGGAAGAGAAGAAAAAGCAAAUGGAGGAUGAGAAGGUAUUUCUGAAGAAGCAGGAGAAGGAACUCUUUGUAUGCAAGAUUGGGCAAGUCGUCAGACAAAAUAUGAAGGUUGUCUGGGAAUCUGCCCUGGGCAAACGAUUGAAAAGGGAAUUGGAGGAGUUAAAAGCCAAGACGGGAUCGGACAAGCAGUCUAUGGGAAUUGACGAGUUAAAGAAGGAGACGGAGGACUUGAAGAAGGUGCAAGAACGCACAAGAGAGGAAGAUAGACUACGCGGCAUGGGGAGCAGCGGACAGGCAUACAAGCGGACGGUGGCUGUGAUCGCAGAACGGCUAUGGCGUCGGGGGAAAUGCACGGCGGCAAUGCCACCGCCAGCGGUGGUGCAGGCAUGGGGAGCAGCGGACGGGCAUACAAGAGGACGGUGGCUAUGUGACCACGCGAACGAAACCCUAGAGGACCUCAACAAACGACUUGGACGCGAGAGGGUGUAUCCACAAUCGUAUGUGACGACGUUAAAAAGCUGGGGCCUUCCUGCUGCAGCACCCACCAAGGUGAUGAAGAUGGCUGCCACCAUAGCCAGUUGUGAAAAGGGCAUUCGUGUGAAGAGGGUUCGAACCCGAGAUCUAUACUACGGGUGCAGCAAUGUCGCCGAUGGCAGCAGCAGGUGUGAAGAGGGCCUUGGUGGUCUGCAGUUGCGAGAGUGUCCUCGCGUCAGCAUCCCUGCUAGGAAAUGGUCAUGUGAGGCGCAUGGGCAGUUCCUGGGUCAGCGUGUGGACCAGGACCUCAGCAGGAACAAGAGGAGUCGGAUGCUGUGCAGUUUACAUGCUUGCCGAUGCAAGGCCAGCGCAGAGGGCAGCGGGCGGACUGCGACGAAAGCGUUUGGAGGCGGUCCGGAGAGGUUGUACUAUCAGGAUGAGGAUGUGCCGACACCGCUUGUGCAUAUCGAUCAACAUUCGGAAGCGAACGCCACAGUUGUCAGUUUCCAGUUUGGUGAGCGGCUCGAAGCGUCGUUGGAAAUGAUGAAAGCGUUGAAGGAUCUCGAUCUGGUUGUCGUCAAGGGAACGAUGUCCGUCGAGGAGAGGGGGGUGAAUUGUUUCUACGUAACGAAGUCGGAAGGGGGAAAGGUUGAAGACCCCGAGGUGUUGGAACAGAUUCGCUUGGUCAUCAUCAACCACUUGCUGCAAAAUCAUCCGGAAUCGAGGGAUGUCCUGGCAAUGGGGGUAGCCAAGGGGCAAUCGAAGAAGCACAGGGUAAAUCCUAACAUCAGGACACACAUCCAUGUGGAGGCCGACAAGGACGGGGAGCGGAGCCUUCUGUUCGUCGAAACUGCAGACCGUCCUGGACUGUUGUUGGAGAUAAUCAGAGUUCUGGACAACAUUGGCAUCAAGGUGGAGUCGGCGGAAAUCAACACGGAGGGAUUUGUUGCAAAAGACAAAUUCUUUGUGUCCUACAAUGGUGUGACGCUGAGCCUGCCAAUGGAGCAUCUGGUGAGGAACGGGCUGCACUACUACCUGACAACAGGAGAUAUUGAGUACGAGGAAAGCUACUAAGGUACUCUGGGUCGGAGAUUUUGAUC